UCUCUGUCACUAAUCUGUUCCGUAUCAACGCCGUCGAGCGCGCGAAAUCGUCACAUCUCACCCUCCGAUUGGACAAUCUCCACGUGGCGCGCGUUAUCGCUCGCAUCGACAUGCCACAAUCCCGCCGACCAACCAAAGAAUCAGAACGAGCCCGCCUCAAGAAGGUGAUCGCAGAAUGGAACGCCAGCCGCCUCGACAUGUUCGCAAUGAGCGAUCCAAGCGAGGACUUGGAGUUCCAUGGCGUCAUGCGCUUCUUUUUUCAAGACGCAAGCCACCGAGUGUCUACCAAGUGUGUACGCGUGGCGAGCUCGGCCACAACGCAGCAGGUGAUCAGCGCGCUCAUUGAGAGGUUUCGGCCUGACUUGAAGAUGCUGACGGCGACCGUCUUUUCGCUCUUCGAGGUGUUUCCGAAUGGAGAUGAACGUCGAUUGAAACCAAAUGAGAAACCUUUACUUAUCCAACUAAACUGGCACAAGGAGGACCUCGAGGGACGUUUCCUGUUAAAACGCGAUGUUUCCGAAGGAAUUUCUGGCAUAUUGAACAGUUCGGGCGUUCGUGACAUGAACGUCGAGAAAUCAGGCAGCUUGAAACUUAAGAGACGUUGGAGCAGGAAAGACAAAGAGAGGAGAGAGAACAAAGAAGGAGGAAAGAUUUCCCGGCCACCCGUAAUGUCCGUCGACGACACAACGGUUGUUCUUUCUACUGGAACCCAAAGCUCUGCAGCUGAGGCUUUAUAUGAUGAGCUACCGGAGUCGACUCUGACGAGAAGCAUUUCUAACCCGGAAGCCGUGAUGCGACGUAGACGUCAACAGAAGUUCGAGAAGAAGCUCGAAAUUUGUAAAAAGGACGGCGAGAAUAGCGGCGAUCUCAUGCGCGUGUAUGCCGAAACGCUACGUCCGGAGAUACCAUACAAAACGCUUCUGGUCGCUCAACGGGACACGGCGGACGUCGUCGUUAGAGAAGCUGUUGAUAAGUUCGGACUAGGCAAGCAAAAUGCGAGACAAUAUUGUCUUGUGUUGACGUCGAUGUCAGUGACUGGAUUAAAGAGAACGUGGAGGUCGGGACCAGAGCGUGUGAUACAGAGUGACGAACAACCACUGAAGAUCAAACGGGAAUGGGCGUCGACAAAGAGUGAGCCGUCGUUUCAUCUUCGGAAACGUCCGUUUGUUCCGCAUGCGGUUGGAGUUGUUGCAUCGUACGGCGAGUUUGGAGACGAAUUGAGACACGAAUGUGAAACUAACGAAGGAUCAGUGGAUAAGGAAUUGCCGUAUUUGGUUAAGGUAACCACUGAGGGUCACAUGACACCGGAUGCCACCAAGUUUCGUCUCCAACCAAACGUCACUCAAAUUGGCUCCGAGAAGGCUCGUUCAGCGACCGGCAGCCCGGCAGUCAAUCUCUCCGAGAUGUUGUUACCGUUUCCUGACAUCGAGCCGCGUCAUUGUAAGCUUGCCAACAUGUCUGGCUUUGUCACUCUCACUCCUCUCUCGCCACAAGCGCAAACAUUCAUCAACAACGAACGCGUCACAGAGACGACGCUCCUACAGAAUCGAUGCAUGAUUCGCUUUGGUGGCACUCACACAUUCCUCUACGUUGACCCACGAAUGACAAAACGACCAACAACGGCAGCUCCGUCUCGUCAACUCUUGUCUAGCGCUAUCAUUCAGUCAAAUGGCGUUUUACCUCAACAGAAAGCAAGAACACAAAGUGAGAGAGCAAAGAGACAUUUGUUUUCGACUGGCGAAGACUUGGCUCGCGAUGAGAUUGUAUCUGAUUUUGGAGUCCCUCCAAGUCAUUUUCACUCCACGUUUUCAAAUAUUGAGCCAAUUGGUGCCACUCGUAAUGACAAAUCUGUGGAAAAGCGAGAAGUUCAAUCGACGGUGGAUGUGCCUUUGACUGUUGCAAGUACGUUACCGAAGGCAAGCAGGAAUGCAGUCACUCGUAGAACUAGCAGUGAGAGGAUCCUCACGAGUGGCAUUGAUGCAAGAAGGCUUUCAGGUGGGCGUUACGGGCAUGUCAGUUCUGGUGGCCAUGGCAACACUAAGAAAUUAGCAGCUGCAGCGUCUCAUGUCGCCACUCAAUUUACACAAACAACUUCACACAAAAUCUCGUCAAACGGAUUUCAUCCACCUCCAGUUGUGAACAAAAGGAAGCAGCAGACGAUGCAGUCAGUUGUAUCAACUGGUUCAGAUUCGGUCUUUGCAUCUGUUGAUGAUACGUCGAUGGAGCUUCCAGCUCAGUUGGCAUUUGGUGAUGAACACGAAGAUUCUAUCCUCAGUGCUGUUGUGAGACGAUGCAAUGGGGCUGCUGCACAAUUCAAGCUUGCACCAGCAUUUGUUCUCUACUUGUGUGUCAAAUAUCGUGCGUCAUCUGUGUAUCAUGCGGCUGUAAAUGCAGCAGGAGGAACCACUCGUUCAGUGGUGAAGCUUGUGAGCAAAGCGGUCACUCUGAUGUCUCGAAAAGUUCAGGAGUCGACUGGUAGUUUUGGAGAUUUAUGCUUUUGGUUGGCUAAUUCAUCAGAGUUUCUUAACUUUCUUCGUAUGGAUGAAACUCUCGCUGAUCCGGCUGUUACAGUUACACUUGAGCUUGAAGGUGUCAUCAAGACUGCUUUCUAUCAGCUUGUUGAGAUGAUGCAGCAAGAGCUAUGCACGUGUAUUACCUCGUUUCUUGAAGUUGAGAGUCAACGUGGUAACAGCGACGAUCAAACGAGUGACGUGGUUGUUACUCGACUACAAAAUGAUGUUGCUGUGUGGAUCAUACCUUCAUGGCAAGCUCGGAGCGAUCAAGGGCAGCCGAGUUUAUCAUCAUUGAUUUCAACAUUGUCGACGAUGAUGGCUUUCUUGCGCUGUUGCCAUGUGAAUACUACACUCAUUAUUCAACUCUUCUCGCAUGCUUUUCAUUACAUUAAUGCCUGGCUGUUCAACAAGCUGGUGCAAGAGCCACGAUUGGGUCUGUGCUGUUGUGUGUGGGGCGAGCGAUUGAGUCGGCGGUUGGAACGAAUUCGAAACUGGGCGAAAAGGCAAGGCUUAGAGCUUGCAGCUGAAUCUCACAUGGCAAGAGUCAUGCAGGCAUGUAGGCUUCUUGCCUCUUCCAAGAGCUCACCUGAAGAUGUCACUUCUAUUGCCUCCACCUUCGUUAAGCUCAACUCUCUGCAGCUACGAACAAUACUUCAUCUCUAUCAUUCAGCAUUCAAUGAGGCUCCAAUGUACCCUAAACUGAUUGCCAGUGUGGCAAGCAUUGCUGAGAGUACAGUCGACGAGUUGACAAGAAGUGAAGGCCGAGAGGUGAGCCUAGAGGAGGACACCAACCUGGCAACUCGUUUGGUGAUACCACAAGAAGGCUACUCAUGUGAUACAGUAACUGGAGUGCCGGCUGGUAUCACAGAGUUUCUUGAUCCUUUAAUCAAACAUGGUUGUUGCAAAUUGACAGUCUACUCAACCUCUAGCAGCUGGGCUUCAUGGAAGUCAGUAGGACAAGCAAGACAGACUGCAGUUGGAAGCCCCACAUUUACAGAAGGAGGCAAGCCUCCUCCUACUGCUGUGAACUCUAUGCAAUCGUCAUUGGAAUCUCGGCCUGCUGAUUAUGCUGUGGCAAGCAGGAAGAGGCAGACAGGUGAUGAACAGGUGGAUGGUCCAGUGAAGUGUCAUGUGGCUGGAGAGCUUGAAGUUGUUGAGAUGACGUUGCUGAAGGGAGAUGGUGGACUGGGUGUUAGUAUUAUUGGUGGAAAGAACUGUGGAGAUGUAAACUGGGGCAUUUAUGUCAAGUCAAUUGUGAGAGGAGGGAAGGCUGACAAAGAUGGUCGACUGCAAGCUGGUGAUCAACUUUUGCAAGUGGAUGAUUGCAGCUUAUUAGAUGUCACACAAGAGGAAGCUGCUCAGAUAAUGAAGAAAACUGGACCAAUUGUGACUCUGAAGAUCGCAAAGCAGGCUGCUCUUCAUCAUGGCAUUGCUAUUGCAGAUCCUGCUUUUACUUCCAAACCUCAAGGUGAUCAGCAGCUAACUGAUGCUCAUCUUGUCAGCCCUGUUAAGUAUAGAAAACAAAGACGUAGUGAUGAACCAUCUCCUUCUGCAGAUCUUCAUCCUUCUCGAUGGGACAAUCGUCGCAGCAUGGGAGAGAUUUCUCCUAAUAAACCACAACUGGUAAAGUGGGUGUACGAGCAACAGCAGCAGCGAGCACAACAGAAUGCUGAGAAAUUAAGAGCUCGGAUGAGAAAUGAUGCGGCUGCUGAAGCAAGGAUUGAUGAAAUGAUUCAAGAAAAGGACAGAGAGCAUAAGGCCAGGAUGGAUUUGUUGAGGAAAGAGAAUGAAGCUAAACAGCUGGGAAGACAGGAGAGUGAUAGAGGAAGAAUUGACAACAAAGUUGGAUCAGAUGGACAAUCAUUGCAGCGAGGAGAUCAUUUUGCGUCUCUUCAUCGACAUCAUAGUGAGCCACUUACAGAGCCAGCCACUAGUCCUAUGGCAAUUGGAGCAUCGAAGCACACUCCAGUUAGCUCAGUGCCUAAAGUGAAGGAACAAGCUGAAGAUAAAGAUCACGAGCGAUUGCGGAAAGUAGAGCUGGAGUGGAGAAAGGCUUUUGCUGCACAGAGCACACAAGGAGUUCAGGACAGAGAACGGCAACGGCUGGAAAGGGAACGGCUAGAACGACACAGAAGUGAGGAGGAAUUGAGACGACGAAUUGUUGCUGAUAGUCAGUAUCUUGAAAGGCAAAAGCGAGAAAAGGCAUUUCUAGAAAAUUUAGCUGAGGAAGGAACGAGAGAUGGAAGAGGACAAGCACUUGAACAUCCAGAUGGCUUGGGAAGUGGAUUGGUGCCAGUUGCAGGGAAUGGAAAUAUUUCAAUGGUACAGAAACACAACAUGUAUUAUGUUGAUGAAAAUCUAACAAAUAUGGAGGUACCACCAGAUCAAAGGACACGUCGCCCAGCAGGCAUCGAUACACAACUUGGUAAUGGACAAAAUCCUGAAAUUUUAGGCCAAUCUGUUGCUAUGGCCAGCUUGAGAUCAGGUGUUAGAGGUGAGUCUGGCGAGAAGAGGCAAGAACUUCUAGCCAAUCUAGAACAGCAGGAAGACAAUGAACUGGCUAAGCAGGAACAGUUGGUGUUACAGAUGCAGCAAGAGAAAGCACAACGACGUGAGUUAGAAAGACAAGCAGUGCUGAAUCAGUUAAAAGAGGAAGAGGAAAUGGCACUGGAGCAAGAAAGGAAACUUCAGGAACUUCGCAGACAAAGAGAAAUUCGACUGAAACAAAUACAAGAUCUGGAGAGUCAUGAGGAGGAAGAACAUCAGCAAUGGCUUGCAGAACAGAGGAGAAGAAAGUUGCUGCUUGAACAACAGAGACAAGCACAGGAAAGUGAGUUACAGCGACUACAGGAUGAGAACUCUAAACUAGAAGCUUUACAUAAGAGACGAGCAGCUGGAUCUGUACACUCUCUUAAGUCACUGAGCCCUGAACCCAAUAAAGUGUCUGACACCUCAAAAGGCUCCUCACCCAGAAGAGGCAACUCACACGAACAUCAGAGUCAAUCUGAUAUCUCUACACAAUCUCGUCCUCCACCACCAUUGAAGCACAAAGGUUCCUUUUCGCAGUUGCAUCAGGACUUACUACCUGCAGCAUCUGAGAGGUCAAGAAUGGCAUUGGCUCAGUAUUCUUUUGGCUCAUCUCAUAAUGAUGGUUUAUCGGAAUCAGGUUCAGAUCUACAGUUGACUCGAGCCCAGCGACCAGAUGCCCUAAUGGAUUCUCUUGACAGACGUGAGUUUUCUUCUGGAUCUCACUCAUCACAACAUAGUUCACAAUCGGCUAGUCCAUCUCAGACACCAAGAACUCACCAUACUGACAUAGAACGAGGUCAUCACCUCGACAUAGAAAAGAGUUAUCGACAACCACCACCUGGUGAGGACAGAAGCUCACGACAAUCAAGAACAGCAAUGAAUGCAGCAAAACGAAUCGAAUUCUUCAAUCCUCAUGCACACUCCAGUCGUCCUCGUUCUAGUAUCAAUCGACAAUCUGACUCAUUCAGAGAUUUCAAUCAUCACUGUCAUCAAUCUCCCACACAAUCAAGCACAACAUAUGCAACAAGUUCAGAGCACAUACCAGAACGACAAAUCAGGCAAGAGACAUCAUCAAGCAGACGAACUCAUGCUAAUGGAUCGGCUUCAGUGCAGAACAUCAAGAGGGUGCCAACACACUCGACCUCCCAUCCAACUCUAUUCCAGGACAGUCCAUACCAACCUCAACAGGCGGACGUCUGACACAAAGCUAUCACAUUCCCAAUCUGGUUGCGUACACAUGGCAAACUGUGGCUACCUUUUUCUCUACCUAAUCUAAUUAAGUCGUUCUAGCAACAAUGUACAGUAUCAUUUUUCGCCUGCCGUCAUGACUCUCGCUUACACAUAAACACAAUGUUAUGACUUGUGGUAGUAACCGUAUAUUCUAAUAUCACUUCUAUCAUUACCAAAAUGCG